UCUGUCAUCUGUGUUUUGUUGGUUUAUCAUCUCAACCAAAGCCCACACGUCACGUUAGAAAGAAAAACAAAAAAAAUACCUUUUUAUAAAUCCAAAAAAAAAAUCGUUUAUUUUUGUUUUCCUACAAGCAAUCUGUUUCCUGCUACCCAUCUCGAAUUCGACCGAACCCAUGUUCUAAUAUCCCUCAAAUAAUCCGAAUCUAUGUUAAAAAUCCUUUCUUUGUUCUGUUGAGAUUAUAUAUAGUUUUAGUAGUUGGUGACGGAAACAGAGAAAUACACACAGAGAUGGGAUCCGCCGCGGUUGCGAGUUCUUCUUCUGAUGUUGCGAUCUCAGCUCUGCGUGAGAAGCAUGAGAAGGAAGUAGAGAAUCUAACACUAACGACACAACCUUUCAACACGCUAAAGCUUUUCGUUGAGGCUACUCUUCAGUACAUCAAGCGAUCGAUAUCGUAUCUACUGGCUCAUGGAGUUUGGUUCAUGGUUAUAACCACUUUGUUAGUUUCAUUCGGAGUUUUGCUUGUGACUGUUGAUGGACCUCAUGGAAAGCAUGUUGAAGAACUAUUAGAGUAUGUUCGAUAUAGCUUAUGGUGGAUAGCACUUGGCGUCGCAUCUUCUAUUGGUCUUGGUUCUGGUCUUCACACUUUCGUUCUCUAUUUGGGUCCACACAUUGCUCUGUUCACUCUGAAAGCAACGCUAUGCGGCCGUGUCGAUCUAAAGUCUGCACCGUAUGAUACCAUACAGCUGAAACGCGUUCCCUCGUGGCUCGACAAGUCGUGUUCGGAGUUCGGUCCUCCUUUGAUGAUCUCAGCUGCAGGAUCUCGUGUGCCACUCACUAGCAUAUUGCCACAAGUCCAACUAGAGGCGAUUCUAUGGGGUAUUGGGACGGCUCUUGGGGAGCUUCCUCCAUAUUUCAUCUCAAGGGCAGCUAGUAUCUCUGGGAGUACAGUGGAUGGAAUGGAGGAGCUAGACGCUUCUCCACCUGAAGACGGCGGGUUUAUGGCGACUUACCUCUACCGGAUAAAGCGUUGGCUACUAACCAAUUCGCAGCACUUGAAUUUCUUUACCGUCUUGGUUCUUGCUUCGGUCCCAAAUCCUCUGUUUGAUCUUGCUGGAAUAAUGUGUGGACAAUUUGGAGUCCCGUUUUGGGAGUUCUUUCUGGCGACUUUAAUCGGAAAGGCGAUCAUCAAAACUCACAUACAGACAAUAUUUAUCAUCUGCGUUUGUAAUAACCAACUGCUCGAUUGGAUGGAGAACGAGAUGAUCUGGAUACUUAGCCAUGUCCCUGGUUUGGCUUCUGCGUUGCCUGGACUCAUAGCAAAACUUCACGCCAUGAAAGAAAAGUACAUUGAUGCUUCACCUCCUGUUCCUUCUCAUAUCAAGGUGAAAAGAUGGGACUUUUCGUUUGCAUCGAUCUGGAACGGGAUAGUGUGGCUCAUGCUCCUCAACUUCUUCGUCAAGAUUGUGACAGCAACUGCACAGAGACACUUGAAGAAGAAGCAAGAGAAAGAAAUAGCUGCUUUGACUCAUUCAGAUUGAUCAAAUACUCCUAAGGCCUAAAACCAAACCCCCACAAUCUUUCUUCACAUCAAUACAGACACUAUCCAGAUUUUGAGAAGAAUGACCAACAACAACAAAAAAUGGCCAGCUUUUCUUCUCGUCUUUGCCUCGUUGACACAUUGUUCUUGGUGGGAUUUGUACUGUAUAGAAAGGUUAGGAAGAAUUGGGAUUUUGAGAUUGCAGGAGGUUUAUUUUGAUCCUGUGAUUCCAUAGUGAAGGUUUUGUGGGUAACGAACUCGAAUCAAAAAUCAAAAACGAAAAGCUUUAAUUGCUAAUUUAAAUUGAAACUAGUAUAAGGCUAUAAGCUAUUAUAUAACUCAUGACAACUUUCGUUGUUUAUUUCCACUGUUCAACUUUUAUUUUCACUAAUGCAUUGUUUUUAUUUUUGUUA